CGACUUUCUCGUCAUCAUAUGUAUUAUUACGAUGAUUUCCAACAUGGCUAGGGAAAAGAUAUCUGAUAGAUGGAAAUGCAAUAAGAUUAGAACAGAACCGGCAGCAGCUCAGUCAAAUAUAGGACAGACAUCAAUUCAUAUCAGAUAUACGUGGCUUAUAUAUGAUGAGUGACGGCUGUUGCAUGAGCGACGUCUUCAUGAUGUUUACCAACACCUCAAAUACAAUCAAGGUUAUCUUAAAUUAGUGAAAGACGAAAAAGCAUCAUGUGAUAAAAUUGUGUGUGUCCUUCCAUAACUUUUUACCACGAUUAGCAAAAAAACCUCGGGCAAGAACUGGCCUCGGAGCUUCCAGAAGCGUCACCCAGAACUCAAAUCACGACAAGUGAGGGCGAUAGAUUGGAAACGUCAUGAGAACCAUAUUUAUGACAAGAUUAUACACUGGUUUGAGAUGAUUGGAAAGGUAUUACAAGAUCCAACCAUUCUGUCAGAGGAUGUCUAUAAUAUGGACGAGACAGAAGUUAUGUUAUGUAUGCAGGGCUCAGUCAAAACCCUUCUAAGUCAAGACGACACCUGAGACUAAAGAGGCGCGGACGUCAAGCGCAUGAUGAUCACUGCCAUCGAGUGCAUCAGUGUAAACGGUGAAAUCUGCCCGAAAUUGAUGAUGAAGGUGAUAACGAUACGCGACCUACAAAACAAUGAAAUCUUCGUUCAUCGCCUAUUCACAACAAGCAAACUUUGUCCGAAUAUGAUGAUACAAGAUGUCAUCUCCGACCACAUCGCAUCGCUAGCCCAUCAUUCACCGCUCAACCUAUCCUGAUAAAUUCCCCUACAUCAACCCCUAUUGAGCAUUCACCAACGGCCAACGAUGGCAAUCGCUGCUAUUUACCACAAUGCUCUCCGAGUCCCGUAUGUGCGGAGCCGGCGACAGCUAUGCAUCAAGAGUGGCCUUUCCAAGGUUUCCUUGAACGCAUCAGGAUCGGGAAUGUUACAACAUGUAACUUUGAGUUCUAAUUGAAAUAUGUUCCCGAACACUUUCAUCUCCCCGUUCUGUCAGAAGCAUUGGACACCAGUACAUUCUCGUCUCCUAGCAUCAAAAUACAUUCCGAGGUACCGCCUGCAAAAUUACGAGCGAAGAGGAAAUGUGUUCCAUGGGAACUGAAGGAACAUGAAACGAUAUUGAGGAUGAAAAAGGAUGAUUCGUUCUGGGAGGAGAUCUAUAAUUCCCUUCUGUAUUGAAUUCCAGUUGCGAUCUAGAUAUAGUAUUCUAUAAAAUUUAAGAAGUGAUCAUUAUAUCUUAUUUU